UGAUAAUUCAAUAUCUAGAAUCUUUAAUUACAAUUGGCUAUCAAUUAUAUAAGCACAAGAUGACUAGUCCUGUAAUGGAUAUGUACUAGAUGAAUAGUUCCAUCUCUUGACUUUUGACACCCAAAUGAGAAUUACUCUUAUGUAACAUAUACAGAUGGUAUAAUAAUGAUAAAUUAAGGCAUGGUUAAUAAGAAUACCAAUCUCAUAAUUAUAGAAAUCAAAGUCCUCUUCAAUAUUUGGUAUUUAUAUAGUUCCAAAGAGAUUCUCCCACAAGGCCACAAAACAACCAAAAAAACCUUAGACACAUAUCAAGAACAUAUGGGUUCAGGAAAAACUAGGGCUAACCCGACUAACCGUCCAACGGUGAGACACCCUAGUCACGAUCAUCCUUUACGGGUCUUCAAAUCCCAAGAAGGAGAUGAGAUCAUUUGCUCGGGAUGCGAGCUCGAACUAAUCGGGCAAGCUUACAAGUGUACAAAGUCAGAGUGUAGUUACUUCUUGCACAAGUCAUGUUUCAACCUUCCCGGUGAAACCCUUCACAAGUCUCACCCUAAUCACCCUUUGACCCUGGUGCAUUCUCCACCGUACGACCAGUCCAUCUUCUCGUGUGAUGCGUGUGGUGAACAUGGAUCUGGUUUCGCAUACCAUUGCUCUAACUGCCAGUACGAUGUUCAUGUGGGAUGUGCGUUUGUCCCUGAGACCGUGAAGCGUGAAGACCACGAACACCCUCUCACGCUACUUUACAACACGCCAUGCAAAGGUAGUGAGGAUGGUGUGACUUUCAUAUGUGAUGUUUGUGAAGAAGAUAUGCAAGAGAAUCUAUGGGUGUAUUAUUGCAAAGAAUGUGACUAUGGGACACAUGUACGUUCAUGCGCCACAUAUGAAGAUACUGCUCCAAAGAAAGGAGAAGAAAAAGGAGAAACAAGCUCGGCGGCUUCAGAGAUGAAGUCGGAAAUGGAUGCUAAAAUGGAGAUGGCGAUUAUGCAGGCCCAGUUAGAUGCUAUUGAUGCAGCAGGUAGUUACGUCGGUUCAUGGGAACCAAGGAGGAGAUAUUAUUGGUGAAUUCUUGUACAAAAAAUAUUAUUUGUGAAUUGAUUAUGAGUGUUUAAUUUCUCUUUGUGAAUUUCGGUUCUGAAAUCAGCCCAAGAAAAAUGUCUCAAUAUUAUUUUUUCUUUCUGUGUAUGUUUGUGACUUUCUUUAAAAGAACUGUGAGCUGUAUGAUUAUAUAUUAAGCACCAUUGAUAGCUUUAUUAAAUAUUUUAUGAUGCUACAUUUUUGUCUUGAAUUUUUGUUUAGUUAGUUGUCAAAUUCUUUCUACUACAUAAAUUCAAAGACUAUAACCGACCAACAACAUAUG